UGAAGGCAGCGUAUAUAAACCGCUACUGUUUACAGAAAAAUAAGAAGCAUUUGUGUCCUAGUGUAUCCUGAGUUCUUUCACAAUGAGGGUGUUCUUGGCUGUGCUGGCCGUGUGCCUCAGUGCUGUGUUUGCUGCACCCAGUCUAGACCGAACAUUAGACAGUCAUUGGCAACAGUGGAAAGAAUGGCAUACUAAAAAAUACCACGAGAUGGAAGAAGGAUGGAGGAGAAUGGUUUGGGAGAAGAACUUGAAAAAGAUUGAGCUGCACAACCUUGAGCACACCAUGGGCAAGCACACCUACCGCUUGGCAAUGAAUCACUUUGGUGAUCUGACCCAUGAGGAAUUCAGACAGGUCAUGAAUGGCUACAAGCUCAACAAGAACAAAAAAGUCAGAGGUUCUCUGUUCAUGGAGCCCAACUUUCUGGAGGCCCCCAACAAGGUGGACUGGAGAGAGAAUGGAUACGUCACUCCUGUCAAGGACCAGGGUCAGUGUGGUUCUUGCUGGGCCUUUAGCACCACUGGAGCCAUGGAAGGUCAGCAGUUCAGAAAGACUGGCAAACUGGUGUCCCUUAGUGAACAGAACCUGGUGGACUGCUCUCGUCCUGAAGGCAACCAGGGUUGUAACGGAGGACUCAUGGACCAGGCCUUCCAGUACAUCCAGGACAAUGGUGGCCUGGACACUGAGGAGUUCUACCCUUACCUUGGAACCGAUGACCAGCCCUGUCACUAUAAUGCCAACUACAGCGCUGCUAAUGACACUGGCUUUGUGGACGUCCCCAGUGGAAAGGAGCAUGCCCUGAUGAAGGCUGUGGCUUCAGUUGGGCCAGUCUCUGUUGCCAUCGAUGCUGGACAUGAAUCCUUCCAGUUUUACCACACAGGCAUCUACUAUGAACAAGAGUGCAGUAGUGAGGAUCUGGACCAUGGAGUUCUGGUGGUUGGCUAUGGUUUUGAGGGUGAAGAUGUUGAUGGCAAGAAGUACUGGAUUGUCAAGAACAGCUGGAGUGAAAACUGGGGAGACAAAGGAUACAUCUACAUGGCCAAGGACAGACACAACCACUGUGGUAUUGCAACAGCAGCUAGCUACCCACUGGUUUAAAGCACCUCGCCUGCAAUGGAUUCCGAAGAGUGUCUCAAGCUGCUCGGCUCACUACCAUGAGGCAUUUCUACUAGUCUGUUGCUUGAUGUGGGGUGUAGAUCUAGUAAACUGGGAUGAAUGGGGAAGGAGUGGGGGAGUUUAAAUUGAACUAUUAUGUACAUGAAGGCCUUUAAAGUGUUUGGGCUGCUGGUUUUACAUGACACUGUUAGAAGACAAAUGCAAUUUUUAGUUGGUUUUAAUUUUCUUUUUGAUUUAUGUAAAUAUUUGUCUUAAGGUGCUUGCUAAACUGUAAAUGCCUUGUUUUUACUCAUCGUGAUCUUAUAAACUUGUAAAAAGGAA